GUGGAUUAUAUCUAUCUUUCAACACCUACACAAUGUCUGCCGAAUCAAGCACCGCUAUCAACACUGCUGCCAACACUGGCGUGAAUGGCAAGGCCACGCAGCAACCUCAUGGCCUUGUCGAGGUACAGCCUCCUCGUCUGUCCGAUCUGCAGCCGCGGUACGCAUCCACAAUCGAGCACGAUGAUAGCAACCCAGAAGCGCACGGCUGGUACGCGUCGUUUAAGCAUACCAUCGGUGAAUGUAUCGGAGGACUGGGAGUUAUUCCUUGCUGCCCAUGCCCGAACCCCUUCAGGCCCGUCCAACAAGGUGAAGUCGGCUUGGUGACGCGAUUCGGCCGAUUCGAGCGCGCAGUAGACCCUGGUCUCGUCAAGGUCAACCCGCUGAGUGAGCGUCUUAUCACAAUCGACGUAAAGAUCCAGAUCGUCGAGGUUCCUCGCCAGAUUUGCAUGACCAAGGAUAACGUGACCCUGAACUUGACUUCCGUCAUCUACUACCAAGUCGUCUCGCCUCACAAGGCGGCGUUUGGUAUUUCCAACAUCAAGCAAGCACUCGUAGAGCGUACCCAGACCACAUUGCGUCAUGUCAUUGGUGCGCGUGUUCUCCAAGACGUGAUCGAACGACGUGAGGAGAUUGCUCAGUCAACGUCGGAGAUCAUUGAGGAAGUGGCUUCAGGAUGGGGUGUCAACGUCGAGUCUAUGCUCAUCAAAGACAUUAUCUUCAGUGAUGACCUCCAGGACUCGCUGUCCAUGGCAGCGCAGUCUAAACGUAUCGGAGAGAGCAAGGUCAUUGCCGCUCGUGCUGAAGUCGAGUCUGCCAAACUUAUGCGUCAGGCCGCCGAUAUCCUUUCUUCUGCUCCUGCUAUGCAGAUUCGAUAUCUCGAGGCGAUGCAAGCUAUGGCUAAGACGGCCAACAGCAAGGUCAUCUUCCUUCCGGCGCCAAACCAAACCGUACAGCAGCAACUAGCGGCGGCGGAGAAUGCUGGCGAAGGGCCUAGCCGCUACGCGCCGCCCCAGGGAGGAGAUGGGUUCCAGCAUGCGAUUAACGCCCGUGUGGUGGAGGACAUUUAAACCCGAGAUUGACGAUGGCAUGAACAACAGUAGUAUUUGGGAUUGGGGUUUGAUUGAUCUUGUGGCUUUGCUUUUUGGUUUAAUAUCACGAUACCCGCCUUUAAUAUGUAUUAUCUGAAUUCAAGAUGACUAUCUUUAU